AACAUCAGUCAUGCUCAUUACCACUUCUUUAACCGGCGAUUUGCUCGCCGUAUUUUUAACAUUAGUGUUGAUCAUUGUCACAUAUUGUAAAUGGAGUUACCAGUAUUGGGAACGCAAACACUUGCCCUACCUUGAACCGCAAAUCCCUUUCGGAAACGUUGGAGACUCAAUCAAAGGUAAAACAAAUUUUGGAAUCACGAUUAAAAAAAUUUACGAAGAGAUGAAACACAACGGAUGGAAACAUGGGGGACUUUACGUUUUCACAGAACCUAAUUACAUGGUCCUUGAUCUUGAAUACGUCAAGAAUAUAAUGACCAAAGACUUUCAAUAUUUCGUCGAUCGUUCAACUUAUUAUAACAAAAAAGAGGAUCCGUUAAAUGCACAUUUGCUUAAUUUAGGUGGGACAAAGUGGCGAAAUUUACGAACUAAACUCACCCCCACUUUCACAUCGGGGAAAAUGAAAAUGAUGUUUCAGACUUUGGCCGAUUGUCAAACCGGUCUUCUGAAAAGGAUGGAGAAAGAGAGACUUACUAGACAACCAAUCGAUAUCAAAGAAGUUCUAGCGUGUUUCACCACUGAAAUAAUCGGCUCUUGUGCUUUUGGUUUAAACUGCAAAGCUUUCGAAGACGAAAAUUCACCCUUCAGGGUUUACGGUCGGAAAGUUUUUGCCACUUCAAAAUUACAAAGAUUGAAACGAACAAUUGCGACGAUUUUUCCAACUCUGGGCUAUCUUUUCAACAUUUCCAUAACUCCGAAAGAUAUAACAAAUUUUUAUCUGAACGUGGUUAAGGACACAGUCGAGUAUAGGGAAAAAAAUAAUUACAAUCGGAACGAUUUUAUGCAAUUGUUGAUUGAUUUGAAGAACAACAAACUUGAGGGUGGAACUUCAAAUGGAGGUUUCACUUUAAAGGAAGUAGCGGCCCAAAGUUUUGUUUUUUUCUUGGCUGGUUUUGAAACGUCUUCAACUUUGAUGACUUUUGCCUUGUAUGAAUUGGCCAGACAUCAGGAGAUUCAGGAUAUAGUUCGAGAGGAAAUUAAUGAAGUUUUAAGAAAACACAACGGAAACGUUACUUAUGACUCAAUUAAUGACAUGAAGUAUCUGAGUCAAGUGAUUGACGAAACAUUAAGAUUGUAUCCACCGGCGUCCCUAGUGAAUAGAAAAUGCAUCAAAGACUACCAAGUUCCUGACUGUGACCUUGUAAUCGAAAAAGGCACAACUGUUCUAAUCCCAAUUAUGGGCAUUCAUUACGACAAGGAUUAUUAUCCUGAUCCUGAAAAAUUUGAUCCUGAAAGAUUUACUGAAGAAAACAAAAAUGCAAGACACAAUUACGCCCACAUUCCCUUCGGUGAGGGGCCUCGAAUUUGUAUAGGAAUGCGUUUUGGAUUGAUGCAAACCAAAGUAGGUUUAAGCUGUUUGCUGAAACAUUACAAAUUUACGGUUAAUAAGAGAACACAAGAACCCUUGAAAAUGCAACCAAGUCCAUUGAUUUUAAGUGCGGAAGGCGAAAUUUGGCUAGACGCUGAAAAAUUGUAAUAGUUUUUCUAAAUAAAUUUGCUGUUCUGUACAGA